AUGAAUGGAAGCUUUGACUACAAUUUACUCGAGAUUGUCUGCCGUGGCAUUAAGAGGUACAACACGACCAUUAGUUUCAUCAAUAUCUUAUUAGAAAACGAUAACUUACAAAGCUUAUUCUUGGCUAUUUUCAACGCCAUCUUCGCGGUACCUACAACCAUCGCUAACCUCUUGGUUAUCAUAGCUGUUUUUACGACUCCUGAACUACGAACUCCUUCGUUUUAUUUAUUAACAAAUCUCGCUUUAACUGAUCUAUUUAUGGGACUAGUUUGCCAAACCGGUUAUAGCCUGUUUGCAGUUUCGUAUUUCAACCUAGAUGUUCAAACWYUAUGCAUCUCUUWUGUUCUAUUUACUAAUAUCUCAAUGAUGGUUACUAUUGCAUCGGGAUUAACAGUAACGGUUAUCAGUAUCGAUAGAUACUUGGCCAUAUCCCUCAAGCUUAGAUAUCGGUCAACAGUCACCUUACCACGAAUACGAAGACUUCUAGCCGCUCUAUGGGUCAUGGUAUUCAUCCUGACGUCCCUUCCUCUAUAUACAUCAACCAAGUGGGUUGAAAUAGAUCCAGGACCCAUUUUUGCCAUUACCAUGCUAAGUAUUGUAGGCUUGAAUUCUACUUUAAAUCCUAUCAUAUACCUAGUAAGAAUGAGAGAUAUUAGGCGAGCUUGCAUUCGGAUUACUAAAAGACUGUUAUGCAAGCCUUGA